GUGUGUGUUUGGGUUGUUCGCUCACCCGCGUCGGCCUGAGGGGAGAGCCCUGGGAUACCAGCGUCCAAUAGAAGCCUUGGCCGAGAAACAGACCAUCUUGUACGAUUCUGCGCGGCAGAUCUCGCUGGUAGUCAAAGAGAACAAGACACGAGAGCAAAUACACGAGAGCACAGGACGCCUCUGUGCUCUUCUCGUCAGCCGUGUUUGAGCGUAGCCAUGGGAGCGGCAGCUUCGUCGUCAUCUGCCUCUCGCCCUACGCCAGAGGUGAGUCAAGCCACGAUUCCGUAGACUGCCAUUGCAAAGGAUGUGUGUGUUUGUUCGUUUCGUCAGGCGACGCCAUGCUGCGCGAGUAGUCGUUGUCAGGAGGGCACUCGUGUGUUGCUGAUGUCGAGCAGCAAGAGGGCUCCCACUGAGGACUACGUGUGGGUCAAGGCCGAGGUGGUCAGCAUCGUCCCACAGGUCUUCUACAUGAGGGAGGGCACUCUGCAGGAGGGGAUGGAACUCCACAUGAGGGAGGUGGGCGGAAGGGGGGAGCUGUUUGAGCAAGUGGUGCCUUACCAGACCAACACGACCACAAACUCGAACACAGCGACGCCCGUGGUAGGCAAAAUGCAGCUCACAGAACAAAAACUCAGCUCUCUGGACGGACCCACUGGUUGAUGUCUGUCUCUUGUGGUCGGGUGUUUGCUGUGUGUGUGUGUGUUGUUUGUCUGCAGGUGUGGGAUUGCAACAAGAAGGUACCGCACACAGGCACACACAACACACGAACGACGCCACCCAUUCUCCGUGGGUCGUUUCUCUGCUUCCUUCAGGCCCCUGUUGGUUUUGGCGAGGACCUUCUGGCGUCGGUGUUCGGCUUUUUGUCCCCUCGCGAGCUGUCGGCCCUCUUCCCGCCCCCUUGCAGCACCGGCCCUGAACCUAUCACCCUCCUCAGCAAGAAGUCCCGCAGACACAAGCAGACACGCAGGAAAUCUGGCUGGUAAGUCAGCAGAUGGACGCCAAGGACAGCUUUGGAUGCCAAGAGCGAUGGAUGCAUCUCUCCCUCCCUCUGUGGUGCUCUCUUCAGCCAUGUUCGAGCCAUUGGCGGCGACGGCACCAGCGACUCACCCCUCUCGUCCAUCACACCGUCUUCCGCCCUGCCGUCGACUAUCGGCGGUGGGCUGUUUGCGGGCGCCACAUCGGGAUCGACCAAUGCGAUAGCAGAGCCCACCGACUGGGAGACCACGGAGGUAUUCGAGGAGAGAGGUCCCGCCAUCGGCCGCCGUGGUCGGCCAGGCCGCGGUCGGCGGGGUGUGCCAUCGGCAGCAUCAACGGGAGAGGGGGACCUGGCGACUGCUGCCGCGCCACCAGGCGGCGGCACAUCGUCGGUCUUCACAUUCGGCGCAACGACCCCCGCAUCUCAAUCACGGACCACCCGCGUCUUUAACAAGCCCGUCAGCACCGCCCCUGCGCCCACUUCGAGCGCCAGCCUCACCACCACCACGACCACCACAGCCCCAAUCGACCUCUUCGGCGGCAGCAUCCAGACCAAGAGUGGCAGCCUAUUCGCGCCUGCGAAAGCGCCCACCGCAUCACGGCCGACAACCACACCCGCCAGCAACCCAUUCGAGCUCGAUAAGGCGUCCACAAAGGGACGAUGUGGCGGCCUGUUUGGUGCUGAGGCAGCGUUGGGUGUUGAGUCUCUGUUGGGUGGAGUCGGCCCGACGGGCAGCAUCUUUGGCGGCACUGGUGAGUGACGCACAUGGACGGAUGGCUGGAUGAAUCAAUCCCAUGCUGGCUGCAUGUGUGUGUGGAUGGAUCAGGUAUGGCGGCGUCAUCUCUCUCCAGCGGCAGUGGGGCGUCAUUGUCCACCGGCGGCAGUACGUUUGGCGAAGCGGCCUUCGCGCAGCGAUCAACCGGUGGACGAGGUGUCAUGGAGAGCAGCGACUCCCCCGUGUACAUGGCAGCCCUUCAUCAGCAGACACAUGUCGCUAUCGACCCUCUCACCGAUGAAGACCGCCUAUUCUGGGAGACCAUGACGCCUGACGAGGCGUUUGGGCUCGGCAGAGGGCUUGUCAACCUGACAGCCCUCAGCCUCGUGCAGCCAUCGGACAAUCCGUUGUGGUGCAUGGACAGCAUGAUAGCCAUCGUAGAGGGCCAGGCGGCUGGGCGUCACGAGGUGUGUCAGAAGGAGGGGCAGCAGCACAUGGCAGAGGGAUCCCUCGAGACCAUCCAAUUCACCACCACCAACACCACCAUCGCGACGACCCCCAGCAACCGUCCCCCCAUCCCUCCUUCAUUCACCACUUCGCCCCCGACCCUCCAUGCCCUCAAGGCCGUCACUGGAGCCCUCCCACGGCACGAUGUGCUGGUCAACACGGGCUGGAAGAUACCCGCGCUUGAGUGUGUGGAGCAGGUGGGCUGGGGCGCCCGCACGCUGGGCCGCUUCAUCAGCUCGUCGCAGUCGCUCAAGGCCGUCAGUGGGAGUCAAUUCUCCUGGUGGGACUGGGCGGCUGUGUUUGGGCGCAUACCUGAGGCCCCUGCCGGGCAGCCAGGGCCGCUCAGACAGCUGGAGCGCAUCGGAGAGAUCAGGCUUGAUACGGAAGGAGUCAGACAACUCCAGGUGGGCAAUUGCCGCGCCACACAGCAAAGGCAUCGUCAGUGCGUGUGCUCAUGCAUAUGACGUCCUUCCUACCUUCUUGUGCUGUUCUUAGGAUGUGCUCACAUCGCGUGGCUGCCAGAAGUCGCUGACGAGGCUCGACGUGCACAUUCGACCGUCGGUGCAAGCCAGCACCCUCCCCGAUCUGCUCGCCAUCGAUGACCUGAUCAACAUGUGCUGUGUGUCGCCCGACGCCGCCCACCCGAUAUGUGAGGGCCUGGGCUUCUUCGACCUGGCCGUCUUCUACGCCGACGCAUUCCUUCAUCGCCCAUCCCCCUUCAUCAAGGCUGCCCUGCAGGAGGCGGCACGGCGGGCAACCAAAGUGUACUACAUCCUCAGCAAUCAUGACAUCACCCACCCCAUCGACAAUCCCACCCAGGCCGCCAUCGACAUCGCAUCGAGCCUGUCAUUCGAGAGGGCGGAGCGCGUGGUAGUCGAGAAGGCCGCUGGCUUCACGAUCCCUCCCGGCACGCCCUCACCCGCCCCCGCCAUCAUCAGCCACCUGCAGCCAUUCCCAAAUGCCACAGACCUGCAUACUCGCGCUCUGGGCGGUGCUGCGGGCCGCCUGUUGGCGCAGAAGAUGCCCAUGCGAAUGAGGAAGGUGGUAUUUUGGGGAGGCGUGAGCAGGGAGGAGAGGAGCGACGUGCUGGACGGAUUGGGGAGUGAGAGGGAGGUGGCUGCUGUCGCUGCUGGGGACAGUCUUCUCACGCAGGACCCCUUUGGCGGGUGGGGGUCGGCGGGAUCGCCAUCGAUUCACAACAUACGGCUAGAAGUGGAAGGUAUUCAAUGAAAGGAAGUGCAGUCAGUGAGUGCAGUGCAGUGUCACUGAUUGUCCGUCAGUAUUAUGCGCGUGUGUAUGCGUUGAUGUCUUGCGUCUCUCGUCAUUCAGUGCCCGACUCCUCUGAUGCUGCCCAACUCGUCCGCGACGGCCUGUCGACACUGCUCAACGCUGGCGUGCCAGGCCUGACGGGAGUGCAGUUUCGCUGCCAUGGCAUGACGGCAACUUUGGCACCGCCAUUCGGCAGGUGCUCCCGAACGGCACGCAAAUAGGCGGCUUUGACGUCACCACAUCGGACGGCCUCGACGUGUUCGACGACCCUUCGUCCACGAUUCAGCUGGAGGCAACUCGUCGCUCUUGAAGCGUGUGAGUGAGUGAGUGAGUGACAUGGAGACGGGCAAGGGCUCACGGUGUGUGUGUGCGUGUGUGUGUGUGUGUGUGUGUCUGGAAAGACUGCAGUCUGUCGGGCUUCCCAAGACAAGACAGCACCGUAGCCCUAGUUGCCGAAUGGCCGAGGCCACCUGUAGAUACGGCUGUGCAGCCGCUUUCUUGACGGAUAGAUACAUGUAGAUAGGUAGAUAGACGGAUGGAUGGAUGGAUGUGGACUAACUCAUUCAUGUGUGCGAGUGGCCCGCCAAACGCCGUGCGUGUGGGCACUGCUCUGUGCAGCCGUUAAUUCUCAAGCAGGCACUGACUGACUGAUUGAUGUUUCCAUGGACGCACUCGAGAGCCUUCACCGUCGUGCUACUAGGGCCACGUCUCAUCCAUCCCGCCCGCAUCUUUGCAGUCACCCCCCUGUCUGCCUGACUGGGUGUUUCGGCAACAAGUCGUCAAGGAAAUCUGCAUUGCAUAGUCUACAGCUCCUCUCCCUUCCAGUAUUCGUGAGUGUCUGAGAGUCUCACAGCCAUCUCAGGCCUUCCUGGCUAUCCCUCUCCCUCCCUCUCUUGGCAUCCCCUCGAUGUCCUGACGCAUGAAUGGAACGCACGUGUGACGAAACACAAUCGACGUUGAGAUACACCGAUCAUCAGAGUCUCUCACAACACGCCACAUAAAACUGAAAGAGCUGCACGACACACACACACACACACACUUCCACCGUCCACAAUCACUCACCCACUCAUCCCCCC